AUGCACGCUUCUGGAAAGUCACAUGCUGAUAUUCGCGCAAAAAUCUUCGAAUUUCUGAGCGAAUUGGAGGGACCUGCUGGUGUUGCUGCUAGAGAGCAGACACAAAAGGAAUGCUACAAAUGGAUGGACGAUGUAGCCACUGCUGAAGAGAUUGCUGCUUUGCAUGAAAUGCAUGAAAGAGAUCAUGCUGGUUGCAAAAGGAGAGUACGAGAGUUCAUGGAGCGACUACCUGAAGAUAGAAAGGCUGAAGUUGAGAAAAAUCUUCCAUUUUGUGAGAAGGUUUGGUAUGGUGAUCACGAGCAUCAUGACCACGACCACCAUCACGAACAUCAUCACCGUCGCCACCUCGCCGUCAGAAGGCGUCGCCAUUUGAAGGCGAUCGACAAAUUUUUGGAUUGGUUAACUCCAGAGCAGAAAAAUACACUUGUGGACCUUGAGAAGAGUGGAGAGGAGUUCGAUAAUGUUAUCGCGAAAGUGAAAGAGUUCUAUGGCCAACUUCCAGAAGACAAAAAA